GUUUGGCGUUGUUGUUUUUACAGUAGUAUCACAGAGAGCACGGGAAACAGGGAGACUAUGAGAAAGCGCAGCCGCUCCAUUCAACCACAUGGUUCCUCCACCGCACAGACAAGCUGCGCUGCGCACAGCCAGGCUCACAUAAGGGACUCGCUCUGCUGCCGCCCUCAAGCGCGCGUUUUACGGCUCGCGGGGCGAAUAUUCAGCCGCACAGGCAGCUGAGAGUUCAGUCGUUGCGGGAUCUGCUUCCUGAUUCUGUGAAGCGCGCCGGUAAAAGUUAAAAGAGACAAAGUUUCUCUUUACACGGACUGAGCUGACAGAAGAGGCAAAGAAACUUGGAUGAACUUUUUAAGGCAGCUUAAAUAAAAAGUCAGGAAUCAUUUUUCAGAAGCCUACUUGGCUUUUAUUUUUCCAAGUUUGUGAAAGCAUCGCACUGAACCGAGUGCUUCCAGAAUCCUGGAGGAAGAGAUGGUGCAGCACAUGAGACAGACACAGAGCACCCACGCGCACUCGCCCGGCGGGGACUCUACAGACACGGGAGACAUGGACCUGGAAAUAGACACAUCUCCGAUGUCGGAGUCUCCUUCCUCCCGGGAAAGGAGCGACUUGGCGUGGUGCAAAACUCCAACGGGGCACAUCAAGAGACCCAUGAACGCGUUUAUGGUUUGGUCUCAGAUCGAGAGGAGGAAGAUCAUGGAGCAGUCGCCGGACAUGCACAACGCGGAGAUUUCCAAGCGGCUAGGGAAGCGCUGGAAGCUGCUGAAAGACACCGACAAGAUCCCGUUCAUCCGCGAGGCGGAGCGGCUCAGACUCAAACACAUGGCCGACUACCCAGACUACAAGUACCGGCCCAGGAAGAAGGUCAAGUCGGGCAGUGGAGUGAGCAAGCAGACGGAGCGCGCGGAGAAGAGCGGGGAGCGCAGCGCAAAAGCCGGUGGCGUGAAGAAGAGCCCCGCGCCCAGAGGGGGCACUAGGACUCACAAACACGGGAGCAAGAGCGCCGCGGGGCAAGACCAUGCGUCUCCCGGUGAUCACCAGUCACUCUUCAAAUCCAGGUCAGUGUCCGGCGCCCGGCAGAUCCCGGAGAAGCGCACGGGAGAAGCGCGGCGCACCCACGUGUUCGGUGGGACGGGCAGCCUGGAGAGCGGUCCCCCGUCCGUUGGUGUCCCGGCCAGUCCCACCCUGAGCAGCUCAGCGGAAUCCAGCGACCCGCUCAGCCUGUAUGAAGAGCAGAGCCCCGGAUCCAGCGAGUCAUCACACACCGCGCGCCUCAGGUACGCUCGGGCUUCCUCCCCGACCCCGUCAGCCUCCCACUCUUCUUCGUCAGUUUCCUCCUCAUCGUCGGAUGAAGAGUUUGAAGACGAGCGGCUUGACCUGAACCCGAGUCCCGGCGUUGAGAGCAUGUCUCUGGGCGGCAUGGGCUUCUCUGACGCGGAGCUGGACCGGGACUUGGACUGGAGCUUCGGGGAGUGCGGAGCGGGAUCUCACUUUGACUUCUCCGACUACUGCACCCCGGAGGUCAGCGAGAUGAUCUCAGGAGAGUGGCUGGAGUCCACCAUCUCCAACCUGGUGUUCACCUACUGACUCAGCCGCGGGGGAGAGCGCGGCGCGUGACGCCCUCCUCCCAGUUUGAACUCAUCCACCCCACCAGGACAGGCGCGUGUCCGCAGUUCUUUCACUAAAGGAGAGAAAGAAAAAAAAGGUGGCCCCGCGUGCGCGUUGAAGCCCAGGCAUGCGCCGCUCUCAGACUUGGACAGCGCUCCGUGCGCGUUGACGGGGACGCGCACGAUGGAAAAGAAAUGCUUAGUUUGCAUUUGGACACAGAGGAGGAGUGAAUGUAAGCAGGGAAGAGUGCUCACCUGGAUGAGGACUGAGCCUGAGUCAUAAGAAACUGUUUCCGGUUAAGGGACACUGCGGAGCUCCGCGUUUGGUUUUGGUUUAGACAACUCACACUGAACACCACCUUGCUAUUCAGGUGUAGUUUGUUAUUUUUAUCACAGCAUCAGCACGCAUGCCCUUCAACACCAGAAGGAUUUUCUUCUUUAUUAGGUGCGUAAAAAUGUUCAUUGGUGCGUAAUUACGCAAUUUGUGUGACCAUAGGACAAAAUUCACGAUCACCAGCUUCUCUCUUAACGGCAGGACUUAAAAACAAAGACUGACUCUCUUCAAAAAUCUUUUUUUUUUAAAAAUAAUCAAAAAACACUCAGCGCACAAUUCAGGACCAACGUUCCCGGAUGUGCAUUCUUUCUGCCUAGUCGUUUGUAGUUUCUGUGUCAGAUGACGGUUUUUUAUAUCGAUGUAUUUAUACCGGCCAAACUUUUUUAUACAUAGAAGUAUUGUUCUCGUACAGGUCUCGUUUGUGUUCGUGCCCACCUACACACACACACACACACACACACACACACACACACACACACACACACACACACACACACACACACACACACACACACACACACACACCUGUCUGUAUCCAGCGCGGAAGGGCUAGAAGUGUAUCUUAUUUAAAAAAAUCCGACGUCUCUCACUCAUAAGGAGAUUUGCGUGUGUCAUGAUUUUCUACAUGUAUUUUUGUACAAAAUCUAUAGAAAAACUGAGUUUCCGGCAAAGGUGGAGGCAGAAUACCAUUGUUUGCAUCAACGUUGGUGUUUCGACGUGCAUUUGGGGGGUUUGUUUGGCACAAUCUGACCUCACACAGUGUUUACAGUAUUUACCCACAUGCUUCUUAAUGGCACGGCGACUCCAGCUUCACCAGCCCAGUAAGCAAAGCCGCACUGAGGCGCGCGGAGCCUGAGUGGUGGCUGUGUUUCCAGUCCACACAAACGUUCCCAGAGAGUCACUGUUUGGAUAGAGCUAAUACCUCUGUGUGCUUUUUUUAUAUCUUAAGAUAAAUUUUUAUUUGAACCACUGGAUGGAAUUUCACGCUCAUUCCACUUUGCCUAGACUUGUGGAGGAAGGGAGAUGUAUGAAGUGCUUCAUCUGUUACUGCGCAGAAUUGCAUCAAAAAUAGUAUUUAACCCUUCUGUACAUGUUGGCUAAGUAUAGCAGGCUAAUUGUUUUCCUAUAUUAUGGCAUGGCAAAUAGCAUUUGUAUUUCAGAUUCAGGUAUAUGUAGCUAUAGCUGUUGUGUUUAAGAUUUUUAAAAGAAUAAUAACAUGAAGAUAUUUAUGUAAACUGACUGUACAAUAAGCAAAGAUUGUGUGUUUUUAUGUAUGAUGAUGAUGAUGAUGGUGAUCAACGACAGGCACUAGGACAGCCAUCUUUGGACAUCUCCAUGUUAAAGAUGAUUGUGGUGGAAGAGUCAGAAGAAAAAAAAAUCCAGAAUUUUUUUCUGUCUUUUUAAAAAUAUAUUUUUCUUUCAUUUUUUCCCAUUUGUGCAAUACGUUGUGUUUGAUCAUGUUUAGUCCACUCAUGCCAAUAUCAUUUGAUGUCUUUUGCUCAAAACCAGCCAACGUUUGGGUCAAACACUGCCUCUCUGACCUCUGUACAGAUUGUGUUUAUUUUAUUUUUUAUUUGUUUUAUUUUCCUUUCUUCCAAGAAGGAAAUAAAAUCAGCUGGAACUGAAA